CGUGCAUGGUGGCGAAUGCGGAAGUGAGGCGUUAACUGUAAUGUUGACACGAUGAUUGGAGAUCUGUUGUUAUUCGGAACCCUGUUGCUAAAUGCAGGAGCAGUGCUGAAUUUCAAGCUCAAAAGGAAAGAAACCCAUGGAUUUGGAGAUGAAUCCAGAUCUCAAACAACAGGUGACAACAUCCGGGAGUUCCUGCUGAGUCUGCGAUAUUUUCGCAUCUUCAUCGCACUUUGGAACAUCUUCAUCAUGUUCUGCAUGAUUGUAUUGUUUGGAUCAUGAACUUCACUGACUAGAACUGGGCUACCAUCUGAUGGUUGAUUUUUCAAGACGGCUGCUCGAAAUCCCCUAUACCCCCCCCCUCUCCCAUAUCUGUUAAAAGCUGUAUUAGCGCUUUCUCUACAGAUUGUAUAGAUUAUUACGUAUAUUUGUUUUGUCUUUCACAUAUAUGUGGAUAUUUAAUCAUUUGGAUUUAUUACGACCGGACUUGAGCUAUUUUAAAGUACAGUUGAACAUUUGCUACCAUUAAUAUAAUCCAUCCAGGCAUUAUAGCCACUUCCUGUACACGGUGUUUUCCACUGCUUUGGUCCUGUUAGCAAAUGUUCAAGAGUAUGGAAAUGUAUCACAUUAAAAAAUAGCUUAUUAUCCAGAAAAAUAAGGCUGUUGCUGCGAUGGCGUCAUGAUAACAUAAUGCAGGGGUCUCAAACUCAAUUUACCUGGGCGAGACUGGGCCGCAUUAGGUUUUAAAAAAAAAACUACGCAUUUAUUAAAAACAGAAAAAUGAAUAAACUUUGCUUUGGUUCUGGUUUUCUACAAGAAAAGCUCUGAUAAAACAUUCCACUGUUCUCAAAUAUCUUACUUUUUAUUUUUCUACACAAAAUAAGAUCAACAAUAAAGAAAAUCAAUCAGUAAUAAAUAAAUAUAAUAAUAAUAAAACGGCAAAUAAUUAAAAAUUAAGAAACCACAUAUAGUUGGUGGGUAGACAAAUUAUUUUUUUCACAUUAAAAUGAACAAAGCAUUAUUAGAGCCCUGUAGACAUGAAAAAACACGACUAUAGUCACAUUUAUACUCUUUUUAUUUACAACAUAUUGCGCAACUGCAGGGUCUUGAGACACAUGCUAACUCGCAAACUAGAGAGCUAGCGACCUAAACGGUAGCCUUCAAGUUAUUUCCUUUAAACUUAAAUCGCCAAAAACUUACCACUUCCACACGGAUAGGGAGGAUAACUAUUAACAGUUAUUUAACCUUUAACAUGAACAUUAAUCAAACCUAAUAAUUUUUUCUGGGUACAUGAUACCAUACAGCAUCCAUAUCAAACUUGCGCGGGCCGCACUAACAUUAAACUUUCAUAUCAAGGCGGGGGCCUCAAAUUAGUGUCCUGCGGGCCACAUUUGGCCCACGGGCCGCGUGUUGAUGUGUUUGACGCAUUUGAUGUAAUUUCCCAUGAUGCCCCGCUGUGGCUUUAUAAUAGAAAAGCUAGUAGUGUAGAGACAAUGUUAAAAGUACAGGAAUCAGCAAACAGCAACGAGAGGAAUCCGCCUCUAGGGGGCAGCACCGACACAAUAAACCCCUAAAGUGUUUGCACUUUUGUCUUUUUUUUUUGGGUUUUGCAACAAUGUGGCAAAACUUGACAAACAGGAUGUAGAAAACAACGUUAAACCUUUACGGUUAUACGACAUUUAAUCCUGUAACAGUUCGAAUCCAACCUCCCUUCAGUAAAGGAUCUUUUGAGUGAAGAGAAACUAGGUAAAUCGUCAUGAACGAACGGGUCAAAAGAACUAGUUCUUUUUUUGUGAACUCAAUAAACGAGGUCACCGCCUCUAAAAUACC